CCACCACCACCCCCCGCGUGAUUGACACCUCGUCGAUCCUCCUCCCUGCCUGGCACAGUCAGCUACAUCUCUCACAAUGUCUCCAUCCUGGCCAUCACCUAGAUCUCACUCACACUCGAGCUAGGGACGCAUGAUGUGAUGAGCCCCAGAGCCCGUGUGUAGCCAGACUUGCCCUCCACUGUGCCCGCAACCCUCGUAUCCGCAUCCCAGCAUCUCAGGUGAACGGACUACUACGGCACUUCUCCUCCUCAUCUCAGUCAUUUUCGAAGUAGAAUCGGAACGUUAUACCUGUAUAUACAAGACUCUGCUCCAUCUGCUAUUCUUCCACUGCCACUGCAUCCACUUCUGACCAUGUCACGCCCAGACCUUGUCCCCUUGGACCUCGACGACUUGGACCCCCUGCCACCUGCCCAGACGCCCGACGACGAUCUCACUCCAUCCUCUUCGUCGCCCAAGUCCACUUCGACCAGCUCACCAGUAGCUCGGACCAAGUCCCAUUCGGCAGCACGAUACGUCACCGUAUCCGCAGUCCUCUCCCGCUCUGGCGCCCUCUACCCACUGCACGACUCGAGCAAUGACGCCUCUGGUAGUAACAUCUUCGCAGCCAUACCAGACGCUCAUCGCAAUGGAGAAGAGCAAGGUGGCGCUACCUCCUCAUCCUCAGCUCGAGGCGAGAUGCGCUCCAAUUCAGUACGAAGGAGAAAGGGCAGCGUCUCGAGCAACGGCAAUGCCCUCGAGGCACUAGGCACCUUGCUCCUCCAUCGCGAUCGUACCGGACGCGCCUCUGCAAUGAGCUUCCAACGCUACAAUGGCAAGGAAGAUCCCUCUCAAACUGCUCAAGCGAAUCUUGCUUCCACCUACAGGGCCUUUCUCGAUGGUCUGAAGCAAGUAUCGGCUUCCACACUGGGCAUACACCUCCCCUCUGCGCCUGGCGAAGGUGGUACGACCAUUGCCGAGCGGCGAGCCAGGAAGCGAGCCAGAGGGGAAGAAGUGCGUAACGAGGACGGGACCGUCUUUUUUCGAGUCAAGUCAGGAAGGAAGAAGCCCACGUUCGAAGUCUCCCGACCUCCCAGCCCAGAGGUUCGAGCUCGACGUAGCACUGCUCGAACCACCCAGCAUGAUCCACUGGCGGAUCCGAGGCAGGCUUUCAGAAGGGCUCACUCUUCUGCAGCGCCAGCUUCUUCUGCAUCGGCAGUCUACGGAUUCGGUUCGUCAUUUGGGAUCGUCGAGCCACCGGAAGCGCCUCCUUCGCCCCUUGGCAUGCCCGGCGACUGGCCAGGCGGCAGAGGCUGGAGAUCAGCAACGAACAAUUUCGAAGACGAUGAUGACCUGCCUUUGCUACUCCCGCCUCCGCUGCUCGAUGACCGCGGUAGCGACCCUCAGUCCUUUGAAGGAUUGCUGGGCAUCAGAAGGCGACGAGAGCAAGAGGAGGCCAGAAGGCGAUUGGAGAGGCUGGCGGCAAGGAAUCGACCAGCGCACAAGGUGGGAAUGAUGACGGCACUGGGCAAUUUUGUCAAGGCGGCUCAUGCCGCCGACGUAGCUUCGCGGUCGCAUAAGCAAGCGGUAGCCAAGGGCAGCUUGUGGCCACAGCGGCCUGGAGCCCAAUUGGGACGACGACAUACCGACUCUCACGAGAUGAUGAGGGCAAAGGAGCUGUCACGAGCAAGGAGACAAGAAGAGACUCAAACGCAAGAUCCUCUUCCGGAGAAGGCAGACACGGCCACCACGCUGACUGCGCAGGAUCUUCGUCGACCAUCCAUCCUUGGCUCACCCGUCUUGGAAACAGUCUACGAAGGCAGUGUCGCCGGCGAAGCAGUCGACGAGGCUCAUCCUCCCCCUCAAGACUCUCGCAUGUCGAGGAGGUCAUCAACAGCCUCGCGCUAUGCGAUGCCGCCACCUCCUCGUCUUUUACCCGUACAUCUGUCCAUACCUCCAUCUCCAAUGACAUCGCAUGAUAGCGCUGGCCUUGACUAUCUCUCCGCCACCUCCCCUAGAGCACCUUCAAAGCCGCACAUUGGACCCACCAUGCUCAGUCUCCCGCCUUCUCCAUGGUCUCCCCAGCCUCUACCACAAGACCAGCAACCAUCCUUUUCCUUUGCACUGAUGGCAAUGUCUAUGCCUUACUCGAGUCCUGGCACGCCUCGACUGGCUCCUACGCACUUGAGCGUAAUGCCGUCUCCUCUACCUACAAGCUCCAUAGCUGCCGAAGGCGCCCGCAAUGGCUUCUGGUCUCCUCCAAGUCUACCCACGGCUGUCUCAGGGAAAUCUUCUCUCUGUGCCUCACCUCUGACCCUGCAACCCUUGGACGAUGAGAAGUCGCCGCCUCGAGUACGACGGAGGAAGACUAGCGCUACCAAGCGACAGACGCCUGGAAUGCUGCUUGACGCAUCGCCUGAGCAUCGCCGCUCUGAAAAGGUGGACGAUCUAUCUGCAGCUGCCGCUUCUCCGGCAAAGCUUGCAGUACGAUCUGACCCUUCGGACUCAAGCGUAGACCUGUCGAGGACCCUCUCAGUCGGUGUCGCAUUCUUCUUCGAGUUCAUCCUCUUCUGUGUGACCCACUUGAUCGACCUCGUCUGGGAGGUAGCAGAACACAUAGCUAUGGCCUACUGGUUCACGAAGUGGAUGGUGCUCAACCUGACCGGCAGAACCGUACUCAGUCGAUGCCUGUAUGAAGCCUUUGCGCUGAUACAGGGCGAGUGGGCGCUGGUCGCCGAGGAGGAUCACGAAGAGAAGCGGUACAGACGAAGGAAGAGCGCAACUGACUCGGACGACGAAGAGGACCACGAGAAGGUGGUCACUGGCACCAAACCACCCGGGCUGACCAAGUGGCAGGUAUGCAGAGGUCUUCUGGAGCUCAUUGCUUUGCAGACUGUCACCAAGGAGCGCUGGAUCCGCGAAGGUUCAGGUCUGACACUGCUGCAAGGAUGGCAAAAGAGUGGUAGAGGUCAACAAAAGGGUGACCCUCACACCGAAGAGCAUGAGGCUUCCAGUGACUCGGAUGACGAAGAGACUGACCUCAUCGUCACGCGUCGAGACGUCGACGUCCUGGAAUUUACUCGCACGCCACGGAUCAGGCCAAGCGAACAUCAUGGCUACCCUUCAUCAACGUCUGCGUCCGGUGGCGGUGACUACUUUGCUCAAGCUCAAUCGAAUACCUCCUCUCACCCUUCACACGCCCCGCGUUCACUCGUCAAGACGAUCAAGUGGGCUUCUCGCCUCGCCGUAGGAGCCUAUGGUCUACACGUCCACAUUGUCGAUCUACCUCCCACAUUUACCCCAUCGGGCAACCGCUUCACUCGCCAGACUUUUGCGCACCUCUCCCGUCUGAGCAAUCCAGACGAUGUUCUCCAUGCUGACAUCCAGCAGAUGAGUGCCGUGGGUGAAAAUGGGCUGGAGGAGCUGUACCAGCCUACUUUUUACGUUGCGCGAGACCACGUGCGCAAGAUGAUCGUCGUUGCCAUUCGGGGAACGCAGAGCUUCUCAGACAUCAUUGCCGAUCUGGACAUGAGGACUGCCAAGUUCCCGCUGAGCGAAGAAGAGAGCGAGGCGCUGCAGGGUGAGGGUUCGUCCUGUCAUGCUGGAGUACUGAGGGCUGCGCAGGGUCUGCUGAGAAAGGAGUCGACACUGUUCAGGACGGUGGAUGAGGCGCUGCGGGAGCACACCGAUUUUGGGCUCACCUUUGUGGGCCACUCGCUCGGUGCUGCCAUUGGGAGCGCUGUCGUUAUGCUCUUGGCCGAGUACAACGCGUCUGAGAAGAGCGGAGGGGACUCCCCAAACGGCCACCGUGGCCAAGAAAUGUCCUCUCCAUGGACUAUCAACGCCUCUUCUGGUCUCCCCGCCGGUCGUCCAAUCCAAGCCAUCGCAUUCGCCCCACCAGCAACCUUUUCCUAUGCCCUCUCUGCGCGCGCAGCCCUCGGUGGCUCUAAACCCCUCGUCUACUCUGUUGUGCUAGGGGCCGACUUCAUCCCUCGAGCUGGGCAUGGGCAGGCGAGAGAGCUGCGCAGGGUGCUGGGAGCGCUCAGUCGUGUCAGACGUAGGGAUGCUUCCAAGAGGAAGAGGAGAAGCGACAAAGGUGAAGAGGGCAGGAAUGAUGACGAAGAAGAAAACAAGGAGAGUGCGCGCAUUCACGUCCUGCAUGGCUGGUGGAAAUGGCGCAGUCUCGCUCGACGUGAAGGGAGUGGUGGUGCUCGUGGUGGACUCAACGCAGAGGAGAGGCAGAGGAAACGGGACAUCGAAGACGAGUUGUGGAGAUUGAGGAGCGAUGUAGAAGCGGACCUCUACUCUGCCAUUAAGCGUCGAGCCAUGGAAGAAGAGACUGCUGAGGCAGCUGCAGCGGUCAGUGCAGGAGCAGGAACAGGAACAGGAGCAGAAGGCCAAGGAGAAGCACACACCGACGGGACUGUUCAGAACGGCACUGCUGCUCCUCUCCCUCCUACGCCCUGGAUUGGACCUCACUCGGCACAGCCGCUCCACCGGCUCACCCAGCGCAGACAGACGCUCCUGGAUCGUGCUACGCUCAAGAGCGAGGCGGUACUGGGUGGGGUGAUGCUUCCUGCCGGUCGCACUCUCUACCUCGAAGCAGGGGGAGAGGGAGCAGGAGGAGAUGGAGAGAAGACAACGCACCAAGAAGCACGGACAGGCAACAGCAGCCACGGGGUAGAAGAGGCAAUCAGACGUCCUCUCCCGCCCAGACUCUUUGCCGUCGAGUCUCCCUUGUCCUUCUUUGCGCUGCCAGAGUUUGCGACGGACAUGUUCGCCAGUCAUCUACCCAGCAGCUACGAGGCGGUCAUCGAGGAGCUCUAGUCUCAGUCUUUGUCUUUUUUGUCGAGUGGGGGCGAGUAUAAUGUAGAGCGAUAGUGAAGCAUUAAAUUGUGGUAUUGACACGUUGGAAGGAUG